AUGCCCUGGAGAUAUGAUGCAAGAUUUUUUGUUGAUAAUCAGAAAGGAGACCAAACAGAAGGUGUUAGCUCUAAUACCCUUGCCAUUUCAAAUAUAGCUGGUGUUGGAGGGAUGACCCGAAGUUGUUGUAUAUAUACACCUGAAGAGUUGAGAAAAGAGCAGACAAGAGAAAUGGAGAGAUCUUCAAAAGGGAAGGCCAAAUUGGGAGACUCUGAAGAUAUGAAUGAAAGGAAAAUGCUUGAAAUAAAAAAAAAAAAAGCGGUAUCUGACGAAGAGGCUUAUGAAUUUUUGAAGUUUAUUAAGCAAAGUGAAUAUCAAGUUGUGGAGCAGUUAAAUUGCACUCCAACUAAGAUAUCUCUUCUAUCCCUGCUGCUAAAUUUUGAGCCACACAGGAAGAUAUUAAUGAGGGUGCUAAAUGAAGCACAUGUCAAUCAUGACAUAACUAUUGACAAGUUUGGGGGCAUUGUCAGUAAUAUUGCUUCAAAUAACUAUCUCACUUUCACUGACGAUGAAGUACCUACUGAAGGAACAAGGCACAAUAAAGCACUGCAUAUUUCUGUGAAGUGUCAAGAUCAUAUCAUUGCUAGAGUGCUUAUUGAUAAUGGGUCCUCUCUAAAUGUGAUGCCAAAAAUGACAUUGUCAAAAUUACCAUGUGAUGGGUCGCAUAUGAAACCCAGUGCCAUGAUAGUGAGAGCCUUUGAUGGAUCAAGGAGGGAGGUCAUUGGAGAAAUUGAAAUUCCAAUUAAAAUUGGUCCUUACACUUUUCAAAUCCUGUUUCAAGUAAUGGAUAUUACACCAGCUUAUAGCUGCCUGUUAAGGAGGCCUUGGAUUCAUUCUGCUGGAGUUAUUCCAUCUACAUUGCACCAAAAGUUAAAGUUUAUUAUUGACAAUAAGCUGGUAAUUGUCUCUGGUGAAGACGAUAUGUUGGUGAGCAAGCCUUCGUCUACUCCUUAUAUUGAAGUUGCUGAGGAUCAAGCUUUAGAGAUUGCAAAUGCUACUUAUGUUGGGGAAGGAGCUCCAAUCAUGAAGCCUCAGUUAUCCAAUGCAUCCAUAAUGAUUGCUAAAGUCAUGCUUGGUGGAGUUUGUCAAUAUGGAUAUGGGUACACACCCACCAAAGCUGAUAAGAAAAGAGUUAUAGAGGAGAAGAAAGAAAGAAGAAUAGCUAGGUUGGAGGGUAGAGAGCCAAACACUAAAGGGGUCCCUAUCUAUGAUCUUCAAAAAAGUUUCUACAGUGCCGGGUUUGAAUUUCAAGAUUCAGUGGCUGUUGCUGAUGAAGAGGAACCUGAAGAAGAAGUUGUCAACCUAGUCCGCGUUUGUCCGCCAAACUCUGAAAUCGACAAUUGGAAGAUCAUCGAACUUCCCGUGGUCUUUAAUGCUUAUUCAAAGUAA